GGUGGUGCGGCUCGGCGGGCUGUCCAGCAUGGCAGAUCCAUGGCCAUCUCGUUGUCGGGCCCGUUACAGUUACCCCAUACGUCAUGAUACGGGCGAUCUCUAUAUGUCCCGGGCCUAAGCACGAAAUCAGAACUUCCGUAGUAAAGGGAUAUAAAAGUCGAUCGAGCAGGGCAAAAAGAUUUUUGGAGCUCUUCAUCGCCCGCCAGAAUGGUUCUGUCCACCGCUUCGCCCACCUGGGGCGCUCUUUUGGCCCUGGCAUCCGUCUCAUACGCAGCUUUCCCAGCUGAUCAACACAUUCCUCCGUCACUCAACCUGAGCGCCCUGGAUCACAACUCGCUGUUUACCAGAUGGCGUCCGUCGUACCACGUCGCCGCUCCUGCCGGCCAUAUGAAUGACCCAUGCGGGCCCAUGUACGAUCCGCUGCGGGACGAAUAUCAUAUAUUCUAUCAAGCUUUCCCCAACCACGUUGGUUUUGGUAAUACGACGUGGUGCCAUGCAAAGUCGAAGGACCUAGUCACCUGGACGGACGUGAAGGAUUGGCGCAACCGUGGCAUGGUAGCGAUCGAGCCCGGCCCGGCAUUCGGAUACGAUUGGCUCGGCGAUUUCUCCGGAGGCUCCUACGCCACAAAUCUCCACGGCGAGGCUGACGGCAACCUGACCCUCUUCUACACCGGUUCGAGGUCACAGCCCGAUUUCUGGCAGGACCCUUACAAGCCUCGCACAGAGACACAGAAUGCGGCUACCAGUAGUGACGGCGGUCUCACCUGGCAGAAAUGGGAAGGAAACCCCAUCCUGGACGGAGCACCAGGCGGCUGGAACGUGACUGGCCUUCGGGAUCCCAACUUCGCACCCAUUCCUGAAUUGAGUGAGAUUCUUGGUCUGGACCCCAGCACUUUCUACAUCACAAUCGGCAGCGGUAUCCGUGAGGUUGGCCCGCGUGCCCCUCACUGGACUGCUCCGGCAAACAACAUCACCGACUGGACUUUCCACGGCUCGCUCUUCGAGGUGCCCAUCAACUACACAUGGGGCGGAGACAGGAAUCGCACUGGCAACUUUGGUGGAAAUUUUGAGAUGGCCACCCUCUACCCUCUCGUCGAGAAGGAAGAGAACGGCGGAGACGGCAAGACCAAGCACUGGGUCUACAACUUUGGAGCAGAAGGAUUCGAAAGCUUUGGUCACCCUCUUACGCACUGGUCCCUUUUCGCUCUUGGUACGGUUUCCAGGAGGGACAACGGCAGUGCUGAGUUUACGAUUCGUGCGUCUGCUCCUACCGAUUGGGGCAACAGCUAUGCUGUAAACACUUUCUGGGACCCCAAGGGCAAGAGGCGUAUCGCCUGGGGCUGGUCUGACGAGGACUUUGCGAAGUAUGGUCUCCAAGCAAAUGGAUACCAGGGAUCCUUGACUCUUCCCCGCGAACUGUAUAUUCAGAAGACCCACAAUGUCGUCGCCCCCGCCGGUGGUGCCCCGGAAGAAAGCGGUGAAAUUUGGCAAAAGGAUGCGAACGGAAAGACCUAUACCGUCACUACUUUGGCGCAAAGGCCUUUGCCGGAUGUGGUUGCUGGCCUGCAAGGCAACAAGUCGUCGCACCUUGGCGAUGUUACCGUCGAUGGAGAGACCAAGCUCAAUGGCCUGCAGAGCGACACUUACCACCUGCAAGCGACGCUUGAGAAAUGGCCUGAGAACGGCCAAGUUGGUGUCAAGGUGCGCGCGUCGCCGGAUCAGGAGGAGUACACUGAGAUCUACUAUACGCCGUCCAACUACACGCUCACUCUGAACCGCGACCACUCGACCCUGAUCCCGCACUUCAACCGUACGGCCUUCAACGGAUACUACGAGCCGUACGUCUUGGCCUCCAGCAACGGCAGCGCAGCCAAGCCCGAGCCGCUCACCUUCAACAUCUUCGUCGACGGCUCCCUACUCGAGAUCUUCAUCAACGACCGUCUGUCCCUGACGUCGCGCAUCUACCCCUCGCGUACUGACGCGCUCGGCGCGGCACUCGUCUCCACGGGCGGUGAGGCCUUGUUCAAGAACGUCACGUUCUGGGACCGCAUGGCGCGCGCCUUUCCGCAGCGGCCGGCAAACUCGAGUUCCCCGCUGCAUGAGGACCCAUAUUACAUGACGCAUGUGCUGCAGGAGAACGAAUGGGUGGAUGUGGGAUACCAGAUCUACGAUGGGAUUUAGUGCUGUGGUGCGGUGAUGCGCAAUACAUGCGCAUGUUGUGCUAAUUUGGAACUUCCUGCUCAUUGUUGCUGGGCAAUGAGUAAAUAUUUGAAAAGCCACAAAGCCCGUCGGGCCCGGGAAGUUGUUUGCGCUGGUUUGAAUACCUCAGCUUGGCCGACGGGGUUUGGUUGGGAUGCCCA